GCUCCCUGUCCCUAUUGGAUGAUGUUUAAGUAGGCGGGGUGAGGUUUGAUUGACACGACGAGACGAGGUCGAGGAGCAAAGGAAAACUGAAGAGAGAGGGAGGAGGCAGCAAGCGGACACGGAAGAGGCAAAAAAAAAGUGUCUGCUGGAGAUUGCGCCCAAAAGAAAGAAAGAAGAGCUUCAUUGGAAUUUCAAUCCCUGGGAUUGGGGCAAUCACCCCCCCCCCCCCACCUCCCGCUCCAGUCCCACCCAGGGGUAAGAGGUUUGCAGCUUUGACCGACUUGCAGGUGGCCAAACGCUUCGAGAUUCCUCUCUUUCCUCCUGGGAGUGGCUUCCUAUAUUCCUGCUGCUUUUCCCCACCCCCCGAACAGUAGGAUUUCCCUGGAGCCUGAAGGAGCAGCUGUGCCUGUUCUGGGAAGGCUCCUGCGUUUAUUUAGAAAGAACCUUGUGGUCAGACUGACGGGCAUCCGACUGUAGAACUCGGCUGGAACCGGUGAACGAGGUCAGAGCACGUUGCCCACGGUUUGUCCCGUUCGAGGAGGAGGAGGAGGAGGACAGGAGCUCGGGAAUGGGGAGCCGCUGACACUUGGAGACUGGGACAGGAGCGAUAGCCUCGGCUAUGCAGUAGAAUUGACUGCAUCUAAAUGUAUGAACAUGAACCGAGUGCAACCUCUCCAAGUGUCUUUAGUCUGUGGGUGCUAGAUUGUGUGGGUGUUUGAAUGCCAAGCAGCCAUGAAUGGUGAUGACAAGGUGUUCCCUCCUCCCCAAAAAACAUCCACUUUGACGAGAAGCAGCAGCAAUGCCUCAUCGAAACCCACCAACACUCGACAGAACUCUGAGAACUGGGAGGUGAUGGAGGAGCCACUGGGUAACAGUCGUGCAUCUCUGGAUCUAGAGAGGCAAGAAGGAUACCUGCUGAAGAAGAGGAAAUGGCCUCUGAAAGGCUGGCAUAAGAGGUAUUUUAUCUUGGAAAAGGGCAUUCUUAAGUAUGCCAAGACUCAGCAAGAUAUACUGAGAGGGAAACUCCGUGGCUCGAUCAACAUUGGGCUCUCCGUGAUGUCCAUCAACAAGAAAUCCAAACGCAUUGACUUAGAUGCAGAGGAGAACCUCUAUCAUCUAAAGGUAAAAUCUCAGGAGGUCUUCAGUACCUGGGUGUCCAAACUCUGCUAUCACCGACUGUUCCAGAAAGGUGACCCCAUUAAACUUCCAUACGGAGCGAACGGAUUUAACUUUUCCAUCUCUCCGACAGCAGAAUUCCUGUCAGCCAGUACUGUUUUACCUCUGUGCAGCAAGGUGCAGAAGAGUGGCUCCUUCAGUGGAGAUUUGUUUAAAGAUGACAAUCAGCUUCCUUCAGUCCCUGUAACUGGACAGGCAGUGACGGCACCGUGGUUACAGCAGUCUGAAGAAUGGGAUCAGUGUGCUAAAGAUCUUGGUGAAUGUCAAUCCAAUCUGGGAGAGUUGAAUAAACUCCUGCAGAGGCUGGAGGUGGUGGACCGAGUUCACUCAGCACCCAUCAUUGGUGAUGCUCAGGGUUUCCUCACUGACAAACCAAAGAAAGAGAAACGCUCCUCCAAAAUAUGGUGCACCCAAAGUUUUGCAAAAGAUGAGACAAAGACCUCCUCUGAUGUUAUGCGUUCUGCAAAGUUGCAUGUCUCCACACCCAGUUUGCCUGACUGCCUGGACUGGAAAAGUGUCUCUGUCCCCAUGACGAUAAAAGAAGAUUAUUUUCAGCUACAGCAGGAUUUCUGUUCUGUAUCGCAGAAAGUUCAUUUGGGUUUGAAGUCCCUCUUCAACACCCUCUCAAUUGAGAGGGAGAAACUUAAACAGAUCUGGCGGGAGAAGGAACUGGAGACUGCACCAGCCAUUCAGAUCACACACCUAAAGAACACCUUAUCUGAGGUUAUGUCUCAGAAUGCUGAUCUCCGGAAUCGUCUGCACAGAAUCCAGUGCCUGUCCAGCUUUGAUGCAGUGACUGAUACACUGGCUCCUGUUAAAGUUGAAGAGGUGGCUUGUAACCGGUCGCUAGCUCAUCAGCUGUCCUUAGACAGUAACGCUUCACUGUCUGAGUCACACGUUGAAUUCUUUGAUGCUGAGGACGUGUUGCUGUCUGCGUGUUCUUCUGACAACGAGAUGUCAGAUGAUGAUGACUCCACCACCAGUGAAAUUACUAACAGCAACUCUGAAGAGAAUUUAAACACUGUGGAAGCAUCUAUUCAGGAACUGACAGAUGAUAAAACGAAAGGCGCUACCAGCUGCGGUUCAGUGGAUGGGACACAACGCCGGAUGUGUCUCCCAGCCCCAGGCCCGAAUCUGAACAACGUCAGCCUAUGGAACAUCUUGAAGAACAACAUUGGGAAAGACUUGUCUAAGGUCUCGAUGCCAGUCCAGCUAAACGAACCACUGAACACACUCCAGCGACUCUGUGAGGAGCUUGAAUUCAGUGAACUAUUGGAUGCAGCGAGCAGGACAUCAGAUCCCUUUGAGCGUAUGAUUUACAUCGCAGCCUUUGCUGUGUCAGGCUAUGCUUCGGCAUAUUACAGAGCCAGAAGCAAGCCAUUCAACCCUGUCCUCGGUGAAACGUAUGAAUGUAUUCGAGAAGACAAGGGCUUCCAGUUUAUUGGCGAACAGGUGAGCCACCAUCCUCCUGUGUCUGUCUGCCAUGCUGAAUCCGAAAACUUCCUCUUUUGGCAAGAUGUGAGGUGGAAGAAUAAGUUUUGGGGGAAGUCCCUGGAGAUUGUGCCUGUUGGAAUGGUGAACGUGAGCCUGCCAAAGUUCGGCGAUCACUAUCAGUGGAAUAAGAUCACCUCCUGCAUCCACAACAUCCUGAGUGGGCAACGAUGGAUAGAACAUUAUGGGGAAGUGACAAUCACAAACAUAAGGAACAGUACCUGUCAUUGCAGGUUGACAUUUUGUAAGACCAAAUACUGGAGUUCGAAUGUGAAUGAGGUUCAGGGCUCUGUGAUGGAUCAGAGUGGAAGAGUCAUCCAUCAACUGUUUGGCAAAUGGCACGAGGGGUUUUACUGUGGUGGGCCACAAUCCGCUAAAUGCAUUUGGAAACCAAAUCCUAUACCGAAAGAUCACGAAAAUUAUUAUGGUUUCACCACUUUUGCACGAGAACUUAAUGAAUUGAUUCCUGAUCUUAAACGAAUCCUACCCUUGACUGAUACUCGCCUGCGACCUGACCAGAGGGUAUUGUAUCUUAACUUGCACAGGUACCUGGAGGAGGGGAAUACUGAGGCAGCAGAAGUUCAUAAACAAAGAAUUGAGCAGCUGCAGAGAGACAGGAGGAGGAUCAUGGAGGAGAACAACAUGACGUACUUGUCACGCUUCUUUACGAAAAUUGUUGAUAGCAGUGGAAAAGAAUCCUGGGUGAGCAACGGAACCUACUGGGAACUGAGGAAGAAUCCUGGAUUCUCGAAGCUGGACAAUCCGGUGCUGUGGUGAGAGUGCGGUUACAAGCUGUACAUCCGAGACUGCUGUGUCUCUUUGUGCUUCUGCCCCAGAACCUGCUUCUCUGAAUUACCUCUUAGUGGGUGUGCCUUACGUUUUAUAUGAAGAGAGCACAGUUGACCAGCACAGCUGUCUGAGGCGAAAAAAGUGUGCCAGGCGCAAAACAAUGUCCUCUUCCUGCUCUAUAACAAAGCAAGUGGAGUAGGUGUGUCUCCUCCAGUUAUCUCAAACAGUGCAUUAUUUAGAGAAACAAUGCAAGGUUGCCUGCACUUGCUAUACAACACCUGUCUCAAUUGUGACCUGUCCAUAUCUGUCCUUGUCAAAACUCCAAUUGUCAUUUUUCCUUUGGAAGUAGUACAUUGUGUUCCAUGUAAAAUAAUCUGGUGUUUUACUCAAUUCUUUGUUUUAUGUCUGAUUUUAGUUUAUAAGAAAAGCUCAACACCUUUUUUUGUUUUGUUUUUUCGAAAAGUCGUCUUCAUAAUUAAUGCUGGUCCUGGAGGAGAAAUUUUCACUUUACAAUUAACGCCACUGCUUUUCAAGGCCUGAUUGGUUUGCCCACUGCCUUUCAGAAGGUCUCUGCUUGGAGCCAGCACAUUUUUCAUUGGGUUGAGGUUAGGUCUGGAAUAUGGAAACAGCGUUUUCUUUCUUCAAGAAAAGCUAUGGUAUUCUCCCCAGUCCCUGAGAGCUGACAAUGCACCUGAACACUUGGCUGUGAAGUUUGCUUUCUCAAACAAUUCCACCCUCAUCUCUGUAGACAGGUAAACUUUAAAAUGGUGCACCACACAACUUUGAAUAUAAGCAUUCAGCCCUUCAGUAUCGCGGUAUUGGUUUAAAAGGUCACUUUCUCUUCCUGCCUGAAGAGGUUGCACAUUUGCAGGAACGAACUCACUGGAAAAUGUCAGCGAGUGUGAUGCUGUGUCCUUCUGUUGUCUAAAUCUGCCAAAUCCCCAGGGAGUAAUCAGAGUCGCAUCAGCUGCAGGGCAGACCAUGAGUUUUCUAUUAUGAAAAGGGGACUUACUAAAGUUAAUUAUCUGUGCUUUGUUACAGAUUAUUUUCAAUCUUUCAAAAUACUUGCACAGAAAGUUAUUUGAAAUUUCUUUAAAAGGUAUUAAAAGCACUGAGAUAGGAUAACAGCACUUUUUUCAAAACGCUCCUAAUCACCACCCCCCCCCCACCACCACCAUCAUUCUGUCUUUAGAUUAAUCAUUCCACCAACAAUUUACAUUUGCCAUUUCUUUAAAUGUAAACAGAGAGGUAUCGCAGAGCACACUCCGAGGGCAGUGCUUUAUCUGGGAAUCCUAAACUAGAGAGAAGGAUCAGAAGGGAGGGAACGUGCAGAUGGAUGGUUCUUUUUGAGGGAAUUAUGGAUACAGUUCUAUUGCCUGAUGAACCAGGACAGACUGCAGAGGGCAACAGCAUUUUAUAUUGACGCUGUAGAGGUUGAGCAGCAAGGUUACUGCCCUGACUGGAUUGUAUUUCAAGGCUAACCUUAGGCAUAACUUAACACAGUUGGACAUCUGAGUAUUUUUUUGAGAUGUAAUAAUGAAGCACAUAGAAAAGUUACAAAAGUAAUUUUGCAUCAGUUACGAUCCAUAAUAUCCUGCCAGUUCUACAGAGCCAUGUUUGAGGAUAAUGUCAAUGCCGAAGUGAGGGCGAAAGGAAUAUAAUCAAAAUAAAGUAUGCCUGAAGGGUGCCUGGUGCUGCUUCAUCUUAUUUCUGUUGUGAAGGCUGUGUAAUUGUUGGAAGCAGUUUCAUCCUCUGCUUGUUUAUGCCAGGCCCCACAAUCUGCCCUGCUUUCAUAGCAGCAACUUGCUUGGUGGCAAUCCUAAGAGAUUUAAUUGCUGAGUUGUACAGAUGUGUGGGGCUCACGGCAGUCUGCAGUUUUACAAUCCAUGGUAUUUCCUGAGCUCCAAGCGGUGCUGCCAUUAGCUGUGUUUGCGUUCCUGAGAAGGGUUUGGAACCUGUAAGUCAUUGUGGUUUCAUCCUGUAAGACGUGUCUAACGUCUCCUAAGUCUGCUGACGUGUUUCCCAAUUGCAAUAUAAUGCAGCCCUGCUUUGAGAGACCCAUGAAUGCAUAUAUUACAGGCUAGGUGCUUGCUAACUUGUUGCAAUCUCUUUAAUGUGGCAAAAUUCCCAAGUGGCUUAACAUUUCUGCCAUGGCUUCCAAAGAUCAGGGAUUAUUCCACCACAAAUUUGUUCAUGUGUGGCUAUGAAGAUCCUCGUGUGCAACUACAAUUUUCUGAUCUUGACAUUGAGGAAGGCCAGCAAAGGGAGGGAAAGCAAGCAACAGAUGCUCUCAACGCAUCACCAGAAUAUAUAGCUUGCUCAUGAUCUACACAUCAGUGCUACCGUGAGGCCCUGCUUGAAAUUUAAUGGGACCCAUGUGAAAAAGCUAUCACAAUCUUGCAGCUAUCUGAUUAAAUGUGGUAUCCAGUGAGGUCACAAUGGACAUCAGUCUGCUGAUUAGAUUGGCAAAACUGAGCUUUUCUUAACCAAAAUCAGGGUAGAAGGCAGUUAUAGCAUAAACACGGUGAAUGAUUGUUAAGCAGCAAUAGACUCUGUGAAAUUGACUGUUCUAAACUACAUUCUGUGUGUUAUGGCAAGGUCUUGCACAUCUAAAAUACUUUCCAAUAUAUUGUGUGUGUACAUUUGCAGUUAACGAUGUAUUGAUAUCCUGCUUAAUUGCUGGGUCUAGUGCUCAUAACUCUAUCAUUUAUAGGACAGUAAGAGAUUUUAAAUGGCUAGUAUUUUAUUUUUCAUGAGAUCAUUUCUAUGGCCUUAAGCACAUGCAAUUCUUGCCUUCAGUUUAGGCACUUACAUCUUAAUGGAAAUUUUUUUUAUUAAUUUGUUUGUCUUGAAUAGGUUUUAAUCUUUAAUGUUUUGUUGGGAAAAGAAAAGCUACCCCUGAGCCAGCUAAACUGGCAGGAUGCUCGAGUCUUCCUCUCUAUUCUUAGGAUUGGCUUGGGAGUGGAAUCAACUGGAUUCAUGCUGAGGAUUGCUCCCCAGUCCAUCCUCCCAGAUGCCUUUGCAGAUUGUGCAGGGCACCCCACGGUAAUACAUUCUGAAGAUGCUGGUUACCUAUGGCCUGUAUAUGAGCAAUGUUCACUUGGCUGGGUUUGCAGGUCUGCCUUGCAUCUGCAGAAUGCUAUCCCCAUGUGACAAAAGGAUGGGAUGGAAGGAGUUUGGCAGUGGUCUCUAAGCUUGUUCUCCAAUUGUACACAUUAGCAUAUCAGACCAUUGCAGUAAAUAAGCCCAACUGUCUCACUCGAUUUUUUAAAAAGGAAAGAAUCCUUUUUUCUCCCUCUUCCUCCCCUAUCAUUUUCAUCACUGCUUGCUGGACAAUCUUGAACAUCAUGACGAUGAAUGAAGAAAAUCUUGUUUUGUGAUACACUUGCAGAAUUUUUAUUGUAGAGCUGAAAAGAGAAGCAAAAAGCCAAAUGUUGAAUUGGAGCUUUGCCGAGUCGGGGAGCUAGUGGAGAAGGUUAAGUCCCUUCACAGUUCUUGCUUUCAAGCGAGUCAAGUGUAGUGGUGAAUAAAAAGAGAGAGAAAACUAAAUGAACAUUGGCUGACCCGACUUGCCUCUGGUAAUGGUUGUGAAGGGUUUACUUUUGCACAGAUGGUCUGUCCAUAUCAUAGUAUCCAACCUGAACAUGUUGGGGGUCUUUUCCGAAACUGUUAAUGGAGUGUGGAAAUGUUCAUCAUUUUUACCAUUUGUUGGUGUAAUUGCUGUCUGAUCUUUCUACUGUUGUAUAAAGCUGGUAUUUAUACCUGUAAAGUGGGAUGUUAUGUCUGCAGGCAGGCACUCUACAGCCCUAUCAGAACACAUGAUCUUCCAUUUUUUUAUUUACUGAGGUAUGAUGAUCGAAUUGAUAAUUCCUGAAAUAAUUAUUGGAAUCCAUUUUCUGCUCCCAUCACUUCUGUAAUAUUUUGAGAUAUGAAUUCCUUUAUAAUCUAGUGAGAUUUGUUAAAACUACCAAAAUCAAAUCUGCACAAUGUGUGAACUGAGACUUGUGGUGUACAGACCAAAACCAAUAAUCACUCCAGGCCUGAAAAUGGAAGUGGAUUUAACAAAAACCCUUAACCUUUAUGAUGUUACCAGUCAUUCAGUUUAACUUCCUGACAAUAUGGCCAGUUUUGACAGGAGAAAAAUCCCCCCACCCCCCCCGAUAUGAAGGCUGACUUUCAGCUUGGGGAUGGUAUCUAGGAUCAUUGACCGAGUUUAAAUGAUGGAAAUUUGUUUGCUUUAUACUUCUUCAUUUGUGAAAGGAUUAUCAGCUACCUGGACUGGAUCAAUCUUUCAAUAUGGUAAUCUGAAUCCAGGUAGUGACCACCCUGUGAGUAAAGAAAUACUUACCUCCUCUUUUAAAUGUUCCCUGGCCUGAUGAACUAGCAGUCAUUGAUCUGCGUUUGUUGUCUGUCUCUCAAGAAGUCUACUGGGAUAAAUAGAGUUGGUGGCACUGUACAAAACCAGAACCACAUUAGCAGUGAGUUCUACAUGCCACGCUACUUGUUUUCUUUUCCCUGCCAUUGCCAUUGACCUUGAUCACAACUCCUUUAGUUCUUCGGUAGUUUGGUUUUCAAUAUCCAAGUGGAUUAAAGAUGGUUUCUGUUGCUAUCAUUGCACACUUGCCUCAUUAUUCUUCUCUGGUGAUGACAAUUCUGUUAAUGAGAGCAAUAGUAAUUUAGCUGGAUCUAAGACUUCUCAUCAGGUGCUCAUGACAUGCAAGCAGUUAAAAUGGAGCUACGUACACUACCAAAGAAGAAAAGUCUGUCUAAAUUUUAGGCUGCUUUUAAUAUCUUGGCCAAAUAUGUUAUCUCCAUUCUUUAAAAGCUCUGCUUUUCCAAGUCCACAUUAACAAUAAAAACAUUAGGAUUUGUUUUGUUUCUAUAUUAGUUGGCUAAAACCAUUAGCAAUCUACCCCUGCUCUACCACCCUGUCCACCCAGAGUUUGUGUAAUGUUAGAGAUUGUGGAACGUAUAGGUUCCACAAUGGGGGAAAACUCACACAUAAAGCAGAUUUGAUUUUGGACACUUUUUUUUUUCAAUGUUAUGUUUCCCAGGAUAAUGACUGCAGGGAAGUAUUUAAAUCACUUGUUUCUGUGCCUUGCUCACUGCUGUAGUUGGAAACUUUUUUUUGGUUUAAUGCCAGAAUCAGUGAAUUUGUUGUGAAAAUCCAGUCGACUAUGACGUGGUUCACCACUCCAGUAAACUGAGUACCGUUUGCACUGUUGUAGUCAUCCCAGUGUGUGUUCUUGUUGAAAGAAGCAAACCGCUAUGCACACAGCUCCCCUAGAUCUUUCUGACCACUGCCCAUUGAUCUUCCCACACUCCCUAAUGACCGCAAGCUCAAACAAUGGGUCUCUCUGACAUGACAAACUAUAUUUUUUUCAAUUAUAAUGUAUUUGCUUUCAAAGGUGACCCUUCCACAGUCCCAGCUGGACUGGGAUCACUAUUAUUUCACUGUAUUGCCAACUUCAUCAUCUCAUACUUGUUAUCAUGAUAUCAGGUCAAGCUGGGGAGGGGUGGGCAAAGCUUUUACUUUCUAAUGUCACUGGGAGCUAAGAAUUGCCUGUGUUACUCCUGCAACUAGAUUUCCUGUCACCGUUGCAAAGAAGAGUAACUCUUUUGUUUGAUUUCCUGGCUGGGGACUCCAUUAUAUGGGGUGGAGAAUGGAGUUUGAUAAUCACUUCCCCUGAUUCAGGGAGCUCCUAGCUUUCCAGUGAUGAGAUUCAAACUGUGUUUCCCUUUAUGGAAGCAGGGUCUUUUCAGCAAUUUACAUUUACUUUCUAAUUUAUUUUUACAAGAAAACAUUGAAUGUGUAAGAAUCAUUCGACCCUUUGAACUCUGUUCUCCUACAGA